AUGAUCAAAGUUGAAAAAGUCGGAGCAAAGAAGAACGUCGCCCUCAUCACGUUGAACCGUCCCAAAGCUUUCAAUGCCCUUUGUAAUCAGCUGAUGAAUGAGCUGUCCACAUCGCUUCGAGAGCUGGAUGAGGACAAAUCAGUUGGUGCCAUUGUUGUCACAGGAAGCCAAAAAGCUUUUGCAGCGGGAGCAGAUAUCAAGGAAAUGGUUAAUCGAGAAUUUGCGUCAACGUUCCAAGGUCGUUUCCUUGAAGAGUGGACGGCAGUAAGCCAGACAGCAAAGCCCGUCAUUGCGGCUGUAAAUGGGUAUGCCCUCGGUGGUGGAUGUGAACUGGCCAUGAUGUGUGAUAUCAUCUAUGCUGGUGACAAAGCACAAUUUGGACAGCCAGAGAUCAACAUCGGCACCAUCCCCGGAGCUGGUGGCACACAGCGAUGGGCUCGGGUAGCAGGAAAAUCCAUGGCAAUG